GUUUGAAGAAGAAUGCUCGCCUCCCGUCUUGCCCGCUCCAACAUUGUCCGUGCCUCGCGCGUCGCCCUGACCCGUGCCGCCCCUGCCGCCCAGCAGCAGCAGCGCGCCCUGUCCUCCGCUGCCACCUCGUCGCACCAAGGCGAGAGCAACUCGACUGGCCGUCGCGCUCUCACUGUCGCCGCCGCCGCCGCUGCCGCGUUCGCUGGUGCCACUCUCCUCGUCAACAAGCUCAACGCUGAUGAGGUCAACGCUGCCACUUCCGUUGCCGGUGUCGAGAACACUCCUUCUGAGCGCUCGUUCAUUGCCCUCAAGCCCGACGCCAUCCAGCGCGGUCUGAUUGCCGACAUUGUUGGCCGCCUUGAGCGCAAGGGCUUCAAGCUCGUUGCCAUGAAGCUCCUCACCCCGUCCAAGGAGCUCGUCGAGAAGCACUACGAGGACCUCAAGGACCGUCCCUUCUACCCCGGCCUCGUCGCCUACAUGGCUCAGGGCCCCGUUCUUGCCAUGGUCUGGCAAGGUCCUGGCGUCGUCAAGACUGUCCGCCAGAUGCUCGGUGCCACCAACCCCGCCCAGGCUCCUUCCGGCUCCAUCCGCAGCGACUUCUUCCUCGUCACUGGUCGCAACGGCAUCCACGCCUCGGACGCCCACGCCUCUGCUGAGGCUGAGAUUGCCCUUUGGUUCAAGCCCAGCGAGCUCGUCGACUGGAAGCGCGACGCCGACCAGUGGAUUCUGUCUGCCAACUAAACACUGCGCAAGCGACCCGGCGGCUGUUUUUGCAGGUGCUGUAGCGAUCCCUGGCCAAUAGGACCUGCAUUCUUCUUUGGCAUUGUUUUUUGCUAUCUGGAUGAUUUUUAAGUUUUCUGCCUUUCAUGUUCAAUAAGGGUAAACUUGUUUCUCCAAUGUUGAGAUUGUUCAUUCAUUCUUUUUCG